AUGCCAAAGCGAAAGCAUGACGAUGCUCAAGAAGAGAGCUAUGCCUAUCUCAAACCCCAAGUUCGCCGCGUCCCAGAGAAGACUAUUAAGUCGAAAUGGACCCCUCUCCCGGAACCUGUCCAGGAAAAGGUCCGCGACAUAUUCCACUCACUCGAGCGACCGGUGAUAGUGAGGAAUCAAAAUGAGCGAAAGCGCAUCGAGGCGCAGGGCGCAGUACAAGCGGUUGUACGGAAUCUAAGCAAACGACUCCCGCGAAUGCCUUUCCCGCCUAUUACCAAGGAGUCCAGUUUCGACUACGAAUCUGCAUUGGAUGAUCAUCGUUUGCUUGAAGCCAACUUGGCUACGAUGAAUGAUAGCGUGGAUUUGCUGAAAGCGGAAAUCGCUAAAGAAGAAGCGCUCCUUGCCAGUGAUAAGAAAGCACUCCUGGAAAUGGACAAAAACGCUAAACGGGCCGAGGUUGAAAGGAAAAGGCAGACCAAGAACGAACACCCGGUGCUUCGGCAGCUGGAUACGCUUCCUUCAACCGAGGGCUCUGCGUCGUCUGAGUUUACUCUUCUUGGUGGGAAAGAAGGCCCAGCAACUUUGGAUGAGUUGGAUGCCGAUCCUGAAGUGCGAGGUAUCAUGAAGCAGCUGCAUGGCCAUUUACAGUCCAUGCAAAGCAAUACCGCACCAUUCGCCGACCUCAGUGAUGCCAUUACUCGUUCACAGGCUGCAUUGGAUCUAUACUCGAUGCCGAACGAUUGA